UAAACCAAACAGCAAUCGUCAAUCUUUUCCGUAACGCUAACAGAGAACAAAAUUUCGCAGAUAUAUAUAAUAUAUAGGGCGUGUUAAAGCGUCUGAUAACACGGCCCAUCGGAAAAACUCAUCAGUGAAUUGAGACAGAAAAAAAAAUGGCGGAGGAAGCGAUUCUGGGUUACCUAGCGAAGAACGAAGAGAUCGGAGACUCGGGCGAGUUCGCAGCCAAACAUGGACUCAACCACGACGAAGUCGUUAACGUCAUCAAGAGUCUUCACGGUUUCAGAUACGUUGAAGCUCAGGACAUAAAGAGGGAGUCGUGGGUGCUUACCGAUGAGGGUAAGCUGUAUGCUGAUACAGGAUCACCUGAAGCGCAACUGUUCUUGGCAAUACCUCCUGAGGGUGGUAUCCCCAGAGAAGAGUUGCAAACUAAGCUCGGCCCGUUGCUUUUCAAAAUAGGCUGCGCUCAGGCAGCAAAGAAUAGAUGGGUGGAUAUGGGAGGGCAACAAGUGACCCGAAGGGUCCAACAUGUGGAUGAUAGAGUCAAAGAUUUGCUUCUAAAGAUAAAAGAAGGACAGGUUGUUGACCAAGAUAAUAUCAAGGCUCUCAAAGCAAGAAAGCUUAUUGUUCCACAGACAUGGAAUGGCUACUCGUUGAAAAAGGGUCCUGACUAUGCUCCACAAAGAAAGAAAUUUGCUGCUGAUUUAACUCGUGAGAUGCUACAGAGCGGCGAUUGGAAGAAUGUAGAGUUCAAAGAAUAUAACUUCAAUGCAAAAGGUCAGACUAUUGAAGCUGGUCAUCUUCAUCCACUGAACAAGGUUCGGCAUCAAUUGAGGAUGAUUUUUCUUCAGAUGGGGUUUGAGGAGAUGCCUACGGACAGAUAUGUUGAGAGCAGCUUCUGGAACUUUGAUGCCCUGUUCCAGCCGCAACAACAUCCUGCCCGUGAUUCACACGAUACAUUCUACCUGAAAGUUCCUUCCACCACAAAGGAGCUUCCUGAAGAUUAUGUUGAGCGGGUGAAGCGUGUACAUGAAUCUGGUGGUUAUGGUUCCAGGGGCUAUGAAUAUGAUUGGAGCAGAGAGGAAGCAAACAAAAACCUUCUGCGUACACACACAACAGCUGUGUCAGCCAGGAUGCUUUACAAUCUAGCCCAGGAUACUUUAAAAAAACCAUUUACUCCCAAAAGAUACUUCUCUAUAGAUCGUGUUUUCAGAAAUGAAGCAGUAGAUCGAACUCAUCUUGCAGAGUUCCACCAGAUAGAAGGCUUGAUAUGUGAUAGAGGACUUACACUUGGUGACUUGAUUGGAGUCCUGCAUGAUUUCUUCUCCCGGCUGGGCAUGUCCAAGCUGCGUUUUAAGCCGGCUUAUAACCCAUAUACGGAACCUAGCAUGGAGAUUUUCAGUUACCAUGAAGGCUUUGGUAAAUGGGUAGAGGUUGGAAAUUCUGGCAUGUUUAGACCUGAAAUGUUGCUUCCUAUGGGAUUACCAGAAGAUGUUCGUGUUAUUGCAUGGGGCCUUUCCCUUGAGAGGCCGACUAUGAUCUUGUACGGCUAUAAUAACAUCCGGGAUCUGUUUGGGCACAAGGUGGAUCUUGGUCUCAUCAAGACAAACCCUAUAUGUCGUUUAGGACUUUGAUUAAAUUGACGGGAUAUAUUGAUCAUUGUUGCAAAAGUUUUCCUUCUCUUUAUGUUCCCUUGCUUUCUCUAAAUUCAUUGGGUUCAGUAUUUUUAGCUAAUUAAUGGUAAAGCGCUUAUUUUCAGCACAAAUUCUGUCUGGCAUUUGUUUGGCAUCGGGGCAAGAUUAGAUUCAUUUCAAGUUCCCUUUUAAUUAUUUGUCAGAUCUUGUUUUUAUUUAGUAUAUUUAGUAAAGUUGAAGGCUGCACUUUAAAGUGA